AUGAAACAAAGAAGGUCUGUAAAUAAAUUGGUAGAGGUACAAUUACUAAAAACAUUACCUGGUAUUGGAGUAGAGGGUCAGAUUUUACAUGUUAAACCAGGUUAUAUGAGGAAUUAUUUACACAUCGACAACAAAGCAUGUUAUAUCACACCAAAUAACCCGCCAAGGAUUCCCGUGGUAGAUGUCGAAGACUUGCGUCUCCAAGAGCAGAGGAAACGUAAACAACUUCAACAAAAGAAGCAAGAAGAAAACGUACAAGAAGAGGAAACUGAUAAACUAGAGCCAGCAGAACAAGCAAAAGAGGAAGCGAAUGGAGCAAUGACCCUCGAGGAAUUAUCUGAUUUGUUUAGCAGCAUGAAAUCAUCCAAAAGAGUACCCGACAAGCCAGACUUGAAAGUUCAAUCAAACAUAUUCGAUGCGACAAAAGAAAUGAUCCCUGGCCUAGAGGUGGAGGGCCAUGAGUUUGAUUCAGUACAAGAUAUCGACAAUAAAUUGCCCAAAUUGUUGACAUUGAGUAACUCUGCUUUACCUAUCAAUAAGAAAACCCUCGCCAAGCAUAUCGAAGAAUUGACUGAACGUAAUAUUGACAUUGGAAAAUUGAAUUUGAGUUAUAUAGAUACACCAGAGGACCACAUUGAUUCAAUCACCGAAACAGGAAGAUUCCAAGUGAGACUCAAGUCCGAUGACGAAAAGACGUCUAUUACAAGGGUGUUGGAAGUUGAGUAA